AUGCAAUAUGCGGCAACCACCCCGCCGUCAUACGGCUACGAAGCUAUCGCCAAGCUUAUUAUCGCUACACGGGGCGUCGAUGUCAAUGCGCAGGAUAGGUUCGGCGAGACGCCGCUUCUAUGCGCAGUCAGGUGGGGGAAUGAAGCUAUCGCCAAGCUUCUUAUCGCUACAAGGAACGUUGAUGUUGAUGCGAGGGAUAAGGAUGGCUGGACGCCGCUUCUACACGGGGCCAGCGAGGGCCAUGAAGCUGUCGUCAAGCUACUGAUUGAGACAGGUACCGUCGAUGUUAACGUUAAAAACAAUAAUGGUUGGGGCCACGAAGCUGUCGUCGAGCUACUAGUUCAGACAGGUGCUGUUGAUGUUGCUGUAAGAGAUAAGGGUGGCUGGACGCCGCUUCUAUACGCAGCCAACGCGGGCCAUGAAUCUGUCGUCAAGCUACUGAUUGAGACAGGGGGCCACGAAGCUGUCGUCGAGCUACUAGUUCAGACAGGUACUGUUGAUGUUGCUGUAAGAGAUAAGGGUGGCUGGACGCCGCUUCUAUACGCAGCCAACGCGGGCUAUGAAUCUGUCGUCAAGCUCCUGAUUAACACAGGUACUGCCGAUGUUGAUGUGAGAGAUCAGUUUAAUCAGACACCGCUUCUAUGUGCAGCAUCUGGGGGCCAUGAAACUAUAGUCAAGUUACUUAUUGCGACAGGUAACGUUGAUGUGGAUGUGAAGGGUGAGAAUGGCUGGACCCCGCUUCUAUGCGCGGUUUUCAACCGCGAUGACAGCAUGGUCGAGCUACUUCUUGCUACGGGCAACGUCGACGUUGACAGUACAAGUGAGGAUGGCUACACGCCAAUUAGUCUGGCGUUGGAAUUGGGCCUUAGUUCUAUCGCGAGAAGGCUUGAGGCAGCGAGGCCUCAUUCGCCAAUAGGUUAA